ACUGUUACAGGAAGCAACUGCAAAGAAGCAGUCUAUCUAAGUCACGUGAUCGUAACAUAGUGUGCUGAAGACAUGGCGGACAAAGAGGAGACUGAGAGAACCAUCGCCGAAGACAUCGUUGUCACCAAGUAUAAAAUGGCCGGUGACAUCGUAAAUCGGGUAUUAAAGCAAGUCUUAGAUAAGUGCGUUGCUGGAGCAUCAGUAAGAGAAAUUUGUGAGAUUGGAGAUGAACUGAUAUUGGACGAGACCAAUAAGGUCUUUAAAAAGGAAAAAGAGCUGAAGAAGGGAAUUGCUUUCCCUACAUGCAUAUCGGUGAAUAAUUGCAUAUGUCAUUUUUCACCAAUUGCAAGUGAACCAGAUCUCAUACUCAAAGAUGAGGACAUGGUAAAAGUAGAUCUUGGAGCACAUGUUGAUGGCUUCAUAGCAGUUGUGGCACAUACUAUUGUUAUAGGUUCUUCGUCACAAAAAAAAGUUACUGGUAGAAAAGCAGAUGUAGUGUUAGCUGCACACUAUGCAUCACAAGCCGCAUUGAGGCUUUUACAGCCAGGUACAGAGACGUACACGAUAACGGAGACAGUAGAAAAAAUUUGCGAUGUGUACAAGUGUAAACCAAUUGAAGGAAUGUUAAGUCACCAAUUGAAACAGUUUAAGAUAGACGGAGAAAAAACUAUUAUCCAAAAUCCAAAUGAUGCACAGAAGAAAGAACAUGAAAAAUACACUCUUGAAGCUUAUGAGGUAUACGCAAUGGAUGUGCUGGUUAGCACUGGCGAAGGAGUGGGCCGAGAACAGGACACCCGGGUUACUAUAUUUAAAAAAACAGAGGAAACAUAUCAACUGAAAUUGAAAGCGUCUCGCAUGUUUUACUCUGAAGUCACUCAUAAACACGGCCUUAUGCCGUUCAAUUUACGUACUUUCGAGGACGAGAAGAAGGCAAAAAUGGCAGUUGUAGAAUGCGUAAAUCAUAGGUUGAUUGAACCAUUCCAAGUACUAUAUGAAAAACCAAAUGAAUUUGCUGCACAAUUCAAAUUCACAGUACUAGUAAUGCACAAUCGGCAACACAAGAUUACAGGAAUUCCUUUAGACCUUGAUAUUUAUCAAUCGGAAUAUGCUGUUAAAGAUCCUGAAUUGAAGACCCUUUUGUACACCUCGGUAAACCCGAGAACUGCAAAGAGAAUGAGGAAGAAGGCAGAGAAAGCUGCAGGUGAAGUGGCGAUGGAAGUUGAUGCCAAGGCCUAACACAACCGUUUUAGCGUUCUUCAUGACGUAUUAACAUCAUGCACUUUGUGUUAUCUUUUGUUAAGCAGCUUCAGAGCAGAAAUUAGACACUUUUUAACGUCACUAUACCUCAAAUAUUUGUCUUUUUGUUGAGACGACAUUGAUAAAUCGUGAUUCUUCAUAUCGUUAUACCUUUCGCAUUUUUAUAUUGCUGUUUGUUUAAUUAAAUAACUGUGUCUAUGUAAAUCCAGGAAUUUCUAUGAUAAAAAAGUGUCGUAUUCUGCCCUGGACAAUUCGGACUUCACGACACUUAUUAUGCCACACUUACGUUUUUAUACCGGACUAUUUUUUCAUGGACCAUGGUAUUAUUAUACAUGAAACAAUGAUUAUUCAUAAGACAUUUUACAGCCGAUGUAUUACAUUUCGAACAUGUGAAAUUUAUUUUUCAAAUAGUGGUCGAAAUAUAAUGAAUGUAUUGUGCGACUUAAUUCGGCCGAGCCAGAAAGUGAAACGCACGUGCAUUCAUAUGUUUCUUUUAUGAAAGAAACGAAUAAAAUGCGAAUUUGAUUUUGUAAA